CUGAAGGUCAUUGUUAUUUUGUCUGGGUUCAUGGGGUUGUUUACUAUUUUAAAAAAGCUUAAACAGAAAGAGAAGGAAGUCCGGGUGUUAAUACUAGGAUUAGACAAUGCUGGCAAGACAACCAUCGUAAAGAAAUUUAAUGGUGAAGACAUAAACAGUAUAUCUCCAACACUAGGUUUUAGUAUUCAAACACUAGAACAUAUGGGUUUCAAAUUGAAUAUAUGGGAUGUCGGUGGACAAAAGUCUUUGCGAUCAUAUUGGCGAAACUAUUUUGAAACUACUGACGCAUUAAUAUGGGUUGUGGACAGCUCAGAUCGCCUUCGUCUAGAAGAUUGUCGGGUAGAACUAUCUAAACUGCUAGUUGAAGAACGAUUAGCCGGUGCUACUUUACUUGUGUUCGCUAACAAACAAGAUUUAUCUUCAUCAUUGAAACCAUCACAAAUACGUGAAUUAUUACAUUUAGAUGAGAUAACAACACAUCAUUGGUUAAUUCUUGGUUGUAGUGCAGUUACUGGGGAGAAUUUACUAGAUGGUAUAAAUUGGCUACUCAAAGAUGUAUCUUGUAGAAUAUUCUCAUCAGAUUAAUUACUUUCUAUUUCAAAUCGCCGUCGUUAGGAUUUACUCUCUUUUUUCAAAAGAAAUCAAUUUGUGUAAUUACAUCAUCAACAAUGUUUAUCAUAAUUCCUUAUAUAUGAAAAUAACAUUGGUAACAUGAUUUUGUGCGUAAAUAAUAAGCAUAUGAUAUGAUUGUACACAUUACUUAUGCCUGUAAAUAUAAUAAUUAUUCCAA